AUGCCAUUGCACAACGGCUGGCUCCCCCGCGAAGGCUUCACCGCUGACCCCAUCGGCCGUCUCAUCAAGAAGACUGCCCUCAAUCCAGCCUUCACCCUCGUCUUCCUCCUCCUCGCCCGGUACACCAAACAAGGCUCCGACCUGUCCAUCCUUCACGAGACGGCCUUCUCGCGCAUCAGAAAGUUGUUCUACUUCGGGCUCGUACGAUGGGCUUCAAACUAUCUGGAUGCUCGUGAGCUCGACAACUGGACGACUGAUAGGUAUGAUUGGAAAAAGGAGAUUGUGUUGAUUACUGGCGGUGCCGGUGGCAUUGGUGGGCAUGUCGUAAGGCUCCUUGCCGAGAAGGGGGUCAAGGUGGUAGUCUUGGAUGUGAUUCCCAUGACUUUCGAUGCUCUCAGGUUAACAUGCACAGCAUCCAACGUGUACUACUACAAGUGCGAUAUCACGACCCCCGCAGCCAUCUCUUCAGUUGCAAACGAGAUCCGCAGGGAUGUCGGUGCGCCUACCGUCGUGAUCAAUAAUGCGGGUGUCGCGCGAGGUAAGAACAUACUUGAGGCCUCCGAGAAGGAAGUACGCUUCACAUUCGACGUCAACACUCUGGCGCACUACUGGAUGGCGAAGGAGUUCGUCCCCAGCAUGGUGAAAGCCAACCACGGCAUGAUCGUCACCGUCGCUUCCCUUGCAGCCUACAUGACUGUCCCUAACAUGACCGACUACGCCGCCUCCAAGGCCGCCGCGCACUCCUUCCACGAGGGCCUCACCGCGGAACUCCAGACCCGCUACCACGCGCCCAAGGUCCGCACCGUCAUCGUCAACCCGGGGUACACCAAGACGCCGCUGUUCCAAGGCUACUCCAACGACUCGAAGUUCCUGGCCCCGAGCCUCGAGGUGGAGACGGUCGCGGAGGCAAUUGUGCAGAAGGUACUUGCCGGGCAUAGCGGACAGGCCAUCUUGCCGGGUUUCGGCACGGCCUUGACUUUCUUGAGGGCGAUGCCGCACUGGUUUCAGUUGAGGGAGAGGAGCAAGAAGGCGAGUAUCAUGAAGAAGUGGCACGGCAGGCAGGUGAUCGACCUGGACAAGUGGCAUGUGGAAGACAAGGAGAAGGAGGGGGCUGAGAGCGCGUCUACUGUUCUGGUGCCGCCCGAAGGCCAGUAG